AAUAUUGGAAGUUGUUGACAUGCUACAACUGCAUACACAUAACAUAAGCAGCAAUCAAUUUCACGUUUUGGUUUCCUCACCGUUAAGCAAACCACCACAACCCGUAGAUGGCGUGUUAACGACCGGGUCCUUGAUUAUGUCUUUAAUUAUUUAUUUGUAUAGCUGAGUUCCCAUUGGUUCUCCCAACUCAAGAGAACAGCAGCGGGGCGCAGAUCCGUCUGCAGCUCCACGUCUCCGCACACAAGCCUCCGACUCCGCUCUCCCACUUUCGGACCGGGUCCUGUGCGGAGACCGGGUCUGCCGCGGACCCCCUAAAUGCCUUUCAUUGAGAAGAGGCUUCGGACGUUCAGCGCAGUGAAUGUGUUAACAUGGGCAACAAGCAAACGAUCUUUACCGACGAGCAACUCGAUGCCUACCAGGACUGUACGUUUUUCACCCGCAAAGAAAUUCUGCGCUUGCACGCCAGAUACCAUGAGCUGGCUCCACACCUUGUACCAAUGGACUACACCAAUGAUCCUGAUUGUAAAGUGCCUUUAGCCUUAAUAGUCAACAUGCCAGAGUUGAAGGAGAACCCGUUCUGCAACAGGAUCGUAGAGUCUUUCUCCGAGGACGGGAUGGGGAAUCUCAGCUUCAAUGAAUUUGUGGACAUGUUCUCUGUCCUGAGUGAAAUGGCUCCGAGGGAGCUCAAGGCGAUAUAUGCCUUCAAAAUAUACGAUUACAAUGUGGAUAAUUUCCUGUGCAAAGAGGACCUGGAAAAGACUCUGAAUAAGCUGACGAAGGAGGAGUUGACUCCUGAGGAGGUGCAGCUUGUGUGUGAGAAAGCCAUCGAGGAGGCGGACUUAGACGGAGACCACAAACUCUCCUUUGCUGACUUUGAAAACAUGAUUACGAGGGCUCCGGACUUUUUAAGUACCUUCCAUAUACGAAUCUGAGAGGGCGCCAUGGAAGGCCGACGGCGUGGUGAACCUCAGGACUCUACCUGCAGCCUGUCAUUGCCACAGCAAAGUGCCUGUCUCCCACCCCCACGUUCAAAACAAUCUGACCUCCUCAAGCAAAAUACAGGUUGAAGCCGAAUUCCAAGGAACGGUUAUUUCUAGAUGAAAAUGUAUUUUCCUUUUACCACCGAUGAAAGGGCUUAACCUAGACUGGUCUCCUGUUGGGAGAAAGACUACGUGUUCCACAUUUUAAGGUGGAAUCAGUGAGUCAGUGAAACAAGUGUGAAAACAGCCAGAUUCUGGAUUGAUGCCUAAAAAGCUCGUCUACCUACAGAAUAUUGCACAUGCGAUACUCCCACCUCUUCCUUCCUACACGACAGAUAUUUAGUCUUCAUAAGGCAAAGGAAAAAGGUUGAAAAUGAAAUCAAAGCGGAGGAGCAGGAAACAAGUUUCCACAGAUAUUUUUUACAAGCUCUAGAAUAUACAGAAAUGCAGUGUAUUGCUUUUAACAUUUUGAGUUUUGUUUUUUUUGCAUGUGUAAGCGAUGAUGAAGACAAUCAUAUCUUGCUGUUCUCCAGUUAGAUGAAGGGCUCUGUUGUCUGAACAAAUGUUGCUAGCUUUCUUCUGCCUCAGCCAUUAUCAUGACGUGUUAUACACAGCCAUCUUUUGGAUAAACAUGUUACAUGUGUUUUAUGUGACCUCAGACAUAUAUAUGUCUUAGAAUAAAUGUGUUUUUCUGUCUUGAUUCUGAUUUCUUUGAUGUCAAUGGAUAUUUAUGAUGUCAAUUGUUGUCCCUGAGAAAGCCUGCAAUUAUCCUUAAAUACAGGAGCUCCCGUCAACCAAAAUUGUAUCAUUACACUGUAAUCAGUUCAGUAAUGCCUGGCCCAUACAACCCGUGAACCUCAACCCACCCAUCCAUGUUGACAAAGGAGCAUGCACAGUAAAGAUGCAGAGUGACUGCCUCUCUACAUCAUAUGAGCAGUAAUAACUUAUGCCGAAUGUGAUCGUUAGGGUUGUGUUGCCUCAGCACUCACAAGCACGAUUACAUCCUGCACACACAGCCAAUCUCAUCGGGAUAGUUGCAAAGAAAACGCUGCUGU